UCGUUCCGCCGCUAUCGACACACUGUAUCCCGAGUCCUCGCAGUUCGAGUGGAUUCACCGCCAAGUCCCGAUAGCCGUCGCGCCCGCUGAUUAGUCGCCGCCCGGCCAAUUCUUGUUUUCUUCGGCCACUAAAACAUCGCCAUUUCUAUCAUCAUCAUUAUCAUACCAACAACAACGCAACCACCACCAACACCAUCAUGGCCCUUCCCACCCCGCUGAUGCUGGACCCGGCCAUGCUGGCCGAGUCCACCUUGGCCAAUCCCGACGAGGACGACUCCGACUAUGAAUACGAAUAUCAUCCCACCGAGACCGAGACCGUUUAUCUGACUCUCGACCUGACCUCUCUCCAUGGGCCCAUCAGGCCUCCCCGUCGUCGUGAUUCUUCCCACUCCACCACCACCCCCUCCUCCAAUCCCUCUCAGCACGAUGAACCCGACGCCGCCCUCUCCAGUACUGAAGCAGACGCCAACCCUUCCGCCGACCGCGUGCAGAUCCUAGCUCUUCACACCCCCAACCCUAUUAUCUCCUACCAAAACCAAAUCUUCAGUGGCUCCUGGGCUGAUCAAAUCGGCACCGAGCUGCUCUUCUCUCACCCGGAACAUCCCCACGAUGCGGCAGAAGCGGAAAGCUCCAGUCCUGCCAUCCCACUAAGACACACCAAGCACUAUGACCUGCUCGCGGCCAAUAGCGUCAAGAUCCUCGGUCGCAAAGCCAACCUCAUCUCCAGCUCGUCCAAUGUCUACGCUCCGGACGCCUCUGUGGCGCCCGAAUCCGCCGAGGCCACUGCAACAACCACACCCUCCUCCGCAGGCAAGGUGCGCAAAACGGCCCCACAGACGAACCAGGCCCGUUUCCUGGACCGACUGGCCAGCCUGAAGCGCAGCAAGGGCGAGAUCGACACCGUCCGGAUGACGUUCAGCACCAAGCGGAUACAGAAUCUGGAGGAUCGCGUGCAGGGCUGGGCUCGCACGGACGAGCAGCUGGCACAGAUUCACCGGCUGAACGAGCUGGCGCUAUCGGGGGAUGCCACCGCGAUGGCGGAGCUCGAGGGCCUCUAUUCGCAGCUUGGGGGACAUGAGGAGGAGUCCGACCAGGAGGAGCCACUGUCUCAGUCCUAGUCUCCCGACGGCGGACUGAGAGUUUGCUACACGACCGGCCUACCGUUGGCAGCGGCGGAAAUAGGCU